AUGUCCACCGAGGAGAUCGAGGAUAUCUUCCUGGACCUCGCUCAGAAGUUCGGGUUUCAAAAGGACUCGAUGCGCAACAUGUUCGACUUCCUGAUGACCAUCCUCGACUCGAGGGCAUCCCGCAUGACGCCGAACCAGGCGCUCCUAACGGUCCACGCCGACUACAUUGGUGGCCAGCACGCCAACUACCGCAAGUGGUACUUUGCCGCGCAGCUUAACCUGGAUGAUGCCGUCGGUCAGUCCCAGAACCCGGGCUUGCAGCGCCUGCGCAGCGUCAAGGGCGCUCCCAAGACUGGCAACACGAAGUCGUUGGAUAGCGCCCUCAACCGGUGGAGGAACGCGAUGAACAACAUGAGCCAGUACGACCGCCUCCGGCAGGUUGCGCUGUACUUGCUCUGUUGGGGCGAGGCCGGCAACGUUCGUUUCACUCCCGAGUGUCUCUGCUUCAUCUUCAAGUGCGCGGAUGACUACUACCGGAGUCCCGAGUGCCAGAACCGGAUCGACCCCGUUCCCGAGGGCCUCUACCUCGAGACGGUCAUCAAGCCGCUGUAUCGCUUCAUGCGGGAUCAGGGGUACGAGGUCGUUGACGGGAAGUUCGUCCGUCGCGAGAAGGAUCACGAUCAGAUCAUUGGCUACGACGACAUCAACCAGCUGUUCUGGUAUCCUGAAGGUCUUGCCAAGAUUGUCCUCCAGGAUAACACGCGCCUCAUCGACGUACCUCCAGCACAGCGCUUCACCAAGUUUGGUCGCAUCGCUUGGAGUCGCGUAUUUUUCAAGACGUUCUUCGAGAAGCGUUCGCGGGCGCAUCUGUUGGUGAACUUCAACCGUAUCUGGAUCAUCCACAUUGCGUUCUACUGGUUCUACACUGCGUUCAACUCUCCCAAGGUUUACGCGCCGAAGAACAAGCAGAGCCCGUCUGCGCCUAUGACAUGGUCCGCCACCGCUCUCGGAGGAGCGGUCGCCACGCUCAUCAUGAUUGCUGCUACGAUCGCGGAGUUCUCGUACAUUCCUACCAGCUGGCAUAACGCCGGUCACCUCACCACUCGGCUCGUCUUCCUGCUCAUCGUUCUCGCACUCACUGGUGGCCCCACGUUCUACAUUGCUCUCGUCGACGACCGCCCCAACCAGGGCAACAUCCCGCUCAUCAUCGGUAUCACCCAGUUCUUCAUCUCGAUUGUGGCCGCCGUCGCGUUCAGUAUCAUCCCCUCUGGACGUAUGUUCGGCGAUCGUGUCCGCGGAAAGUCACGGAAGUACAUGGCCUCGCAGACUUUUACGGCCUCGUACCCCAACCUCGGCAGGACUGCCCGUGUCGCGUCGAUCUCCCUGUGGCUGUUGAUCUUCGGCUGCAAGCUCGUGGAGUCAUACUUCUUCUUGACGUCGUCCUUCUCCAGUCCCAUCGCUGUCAUGGCGCGGACGAAGGUUCAGGGAUGUAACGACAAGUACUUCGGCAGUGCGCUCUGUUCCAACCAGGUUCCGUUCGCGUUGGCGAUCAUGUAUGUCAUGGACCUCAUCCUGUUCUUCCUGGACACGUACCUGUGGUACAUCAUCUGGAUCGUCGUAUUCAGUGUUGCACGGUCGUUCCAUCUGGGGCUUUCUAUCUGGACGCCGUGGAAGGAGGUGUACACUCGGAUGCCGAAGCGGAUCUACGCCAAGCUUCUCGCUACGUCUGAGAUGGAGGUUAAGUAUAAGCCGAAGGUUCUUGUGUCGCAAGUCUGGAACGCUAUCAUUAUCUCUAUGUACCGCGAGCACCUGCUGUCCAUCCACCACGUCCAGCGCCUUCUCUACCACCAGGUCGACGGCCCCGAUGGUCGCCGCACUCUCCGCGCGCCUCCGUUCUUCACCAAUAACACUGGCAACGAGUCCGACUUCUUCCCGGCUGGUGGAGAGGCGGAGCGCCGUAUUUCGUUCUUCGCCUCGUCCUUGACGACCGCGCUUCCGGAGCCGCUGCCCGUGGAGUCCAUGCCUACGUUCACCGUCCUUGUUCCCCACUACUCCGAGAAGAUCCUGCUCAGCUUGCGCGAGAUCAUCAGGGAGGAGGACCAGAACACCCGCGUCACGCUGCUCGAGUACCUGAAGCAGCUGCACCCGACCGAGUGGGACAACUUCGUGAAGGACACCAAGAUCCUGGCUGAGGAGUCGGAGACGGCGACGUUCGAUGGCACUCAGAGCACCAACGAGAAGUCCGGGAGCAAGCGCACCGACGAUCUGCCGUUCUACUGCAUUGGUUUCAAGACGGCCGCGCCGGAGUACACCCUCCGCACUCGUAUCUGGGCGUCCCUCCGUGCACAGACCCUGUACCGCACGGUCUCCGGUAUGAUGAACUACUCCAAGGCGAUCAAGCUCCUGUACCGCGUCGAAAACCCGCAGAUCGUGCAGCGGUUCGCUGGCAACACCGACCGCCUCGAGCGCGAGCUGGAGCGGAUGUCGCGCCGCAAGUUCAAGUUCACGGUGUCCAUGCAGCGCUACGCCAAAUUCAACAAGGAGGAGCUCGAGAACGCCGAGUUCCUGCUCCGUGCGUACCCCGACUUGCAGAUUGCGUACCUGGACGAAGAGCCCGCCCCGAAGGGCGGCGACCCGCGUCUCUUCUCGGUGCUCAUCGACGGCCACUCGGAGAUGGACGAGCAGACUGGAAAGCGCAAGCCGAAGUUCCGCAUCGAGCUCCCCGGUAACCCUAUUCUCGGUGACGGCAAGUCGGACAACCAGAAUCACGCGAUCGUGUUCUACCGCGGCGAGUUCCUGCAGCUCAUCGACGCCAACCAGGACAACUACCUGGAGGAGUGUAUCAAGAUCCGGAACAUCUUGGGCGAGUUCGAGCAGUACAGCGUCUCGAGCCAGAGCCCGUAUGCACAGUGGGGCCAGAAGGAGUUCUCGAAGUUCCCGGUCGCGAUCGUCGGCACGCGCGAGUACAUCUUCUCGGAGAACAUCGGUAUUCUGGGCGACAUCGCUGCAGGCAAGGAGCAGACGUUCGGUACGCUCACGCCGCGUGUCCUCGCGUGGAUCGGCGGCAAGCUGCACUACGGUCACCCUGAUUUCCUGAAUGCGACGUUCAUGGCGACGCGUGGCGGUGUGUCGAAGGCGCAGAAGGGUCUCCACCUGAACGAGGAUAUUUUCGCGGGUAUGACGGCUAUCAGCCGUGGUGGACGCAUCAAGCACUCCGAGUACUACCAGUGCGGAAAGGGUCGUGAUCUUGGGUUCGGCACGAUUCUGAACUUCCAGACGAAGCUCGGGACGGGUAUGGGUGAGCAGAUGCUCAGUCGCGAGUACUACUACCUCGGCACGCAGCUCCCCGUCGACCGCUUCCUCACGUUCUACUACGGUCACCCCGGUUUCCACAUCAACAACAUCCUGGUCAUUUACUCGAUUCAGACGUUCAUGGUCACUCUGCUCUACCUCGGCACAUUGAACAAGCAGCUGGCUAUUUGCAAGGUCGACUCGAAGGGCAACGUUCUCGGCGGGCAGCCUGGCUGCUACAACCUCAUCCCGGUCUUCGACUGGAUCAAGCACUGUAUCAUCUCCAUUUUCCUGGUCUUCUUCAUUGCAUUCCUGCCACUGUUCAUGCAAGAGCUGCUCGAGCGCGGUACUGGCAAGGCGCUCAUACGUCUUGGGAAGCACUUCUUGUCACUUUCGCCCAUCUUCGAAGUCUUCUCGACCCAGAUCUACUCGCAGUCCAUCCUGAGCAACUUGACGUUCGGUGGUGCUCGGUACAUCGCGACGGGCCGUGGCUUCGCGACGACGCGUAUAUCCUUCACCAUCCUCUACUCCCGUUUCGCCGGACCCAGCAUCUACAUGGGGAUGCGGAACCUCCUCUUGCUGCUCUACGCCACCAUGUCUAUUUGGACGCCAUUCCUCAUCUACUUCUGGGUCUCCGUCCUCUCUCUCUGCAUCGCGCCAUUCGUCUUCAACCCCCAUCAGUUCUCGUUCCCCGACUUCAUCAUCGACUACCGCGAGUUCCUGCGCUGGAUGUCGCGUGGUAACUCGCGCACGAAGGCGAGCUCCUGGUACGGCUACUGCCGUCUCUCGCGGACGAUGAUUACCGGUUACAAGAAGAAGAAGCUCGGACACCCGUCCGAGAAGCUUGCCGGCGACGUGCCCCGUGCCAAGUGGCGGAGCGUGCUAUUCUCCGAGGUGCUGCUGCCGCUCUGCGGUGCGACCAUCUUCGUCGUCGCGUACAUGUUCGUCAAGUCCUUCCCGGACCGCAACGGCCAGCAGAACCCGAGUGCGCUCAUCCGCAUUGCGGUCAUCGCCGUGGGCCCGGUAGUGUGGAACGCGACGGUGCUCCUGACGCUGUUCUUCGUGUCGCUCUUCCUCGGGCCUAUGCUCGAGUCGUGGGCCCGCUUCGCGUCGUUCAUGGCCGCGUUGGCGCAUUUCCUCGGCCUCGUCGGUCUCGUCGCGUUCUUCGAGUUCUUCUGGUUCCUCGAGCUCUGGGACGCCUCGCACGCCGUCCUCGGUAUCAUCGCGAUCAUUGCGAUCCAGCGCGCGAUCCAGAAGAUCCUCAUCUCGGUCUUCCUGUCGCGUGAGUUGAAGCACGACGAGACGAACAGGGCAUGGUGGUCUGGCAAGUGGUACGGGCGCGGGCUCGGCUCGUCGGCGUUCUCGCAACCUGCGCGUGAGUUCGUGGUGAAGAUCGUGGAGAUGUCGCUCUGGACGUCGGACUUCUUGCUCGGACAUCUGUUGUUGAUCGUCAUGACCCCGCCCAUGCUCGUUCCGUUCGUCGACAAGCUGCACUCCAUGAUGAUGUUCUGGCUGCGUCCUUCGAAGCAGAUCCGGCCGCCGCUCUUCUCUACCAAGCAGAAGCGCCAGCGGAGGUGGAUUGUGGUCAAGUACUCGUUGGUCUACAUCAUCGUCGUCGCUUUCCUCGCCGCGCUCAUCGUUCUCCCCGCGCUCUUCCGGGACCACAUCACGUUCAACUGUACUGUAUGCCAGAAUAUUUAA